ACUUACUCAGAUUUUGGAGUGUAAUCAGAGGCACUGUGUGUAUUUGGUUUGAAGGCCAUGGCAGAAGUGCAGAUUCGUCGCUAUGAGGACGAUGAUGAGGAAGACGUGAAGGAGAUCUUCACACUUGGAAUGAGCAUCCAUUGUAAGGCAGCACUGCUGGCUCAGAAUGGAGGAAAAGUGAUCAUGUGAUGACAUACAGGAAGUUUUGAAUUUUCCACACAUCUUCGUGAGUUUAAAUCCCAGCACCACCAAGCUGCCACUCCUAGGCCCUUGAGCAAAGCCCUUAACCCUCAACUGCUCAGUUGUAUAAAUGAAAGUUGCUCUGGAUAAGGGUGUCUGCUAAAUGUAAAAUGCAUUUGUUGUUUAAUGGACACAGAGAUUGACUGUCUGAUCAGCAGAAGAAACUGUGUAAGGAUGUGGUAUCAGAUCCGAGAGUAUCAAGACGUGGACUACUCUUCUGUGCGGGAGUUGUACUCUACAGGCUUCAGAGAGCAUGAAGGAGCUGUGUGUGUCCUAACCCUGAAACAGCACUGGGUUCAGGCUGUGCUGCUAGGACUCUUAAUUCUCUUCCUCUUCCUGUUUGGCUCUUUUCUGGCCUCCAUUCUGUGUCUCAUUGGAGUUCUGCUGGCUGGCAGGUUUGCUGUAUCCUGUCUUUUUGAACAGGGAAUACAGCUCGGGCUCAGCGAAGACCUGCAGGACAUUCGGGCAUCCUACAUGCACCGAGGUCAGGUUAGCUGCUUUUGGGUAGCCGAGUCUAAGGGCUCCUUAAUAGGAACAGUGGCAAUAUUACCCUGUGUGACAGAGCCUGGAGCAUGGGAGUUGAAACGCAUCUCGGUGAGAAAAGAGUUUCGGCACCGCGGCCUUGCCAAAGCACUUUGUCGGACCGCCCUGGAGUUUGCUGCCAGGCAUAAAGUAGAGAGGGUGGUGCUGUUCACCUCUCUGGUGCAGUCAGAUGCCCUUAAACUCUACCACAGCCUGGGAUUCCACAAGGAGGAGGAGUUUGUUUGGCCAUCACUUUGUGCCAGGCUCAUCAACUUCCUUGUGUUUAAAUACGCAUAUAAGGCAGCUAUAAAAUGAACAGAACAUGUUGGUGGUGUUGAAUUUUCAAAGAAAUGAUUACAGUAAACCUGGAUUUUGGGGACAUGUUUGUGAACAGUUACAACAUUGUAUGUAAGGUGUUCCUUUUUGCUGUAUUAAUCAUAUUUACUAUGAUCACUCGGUGAAGCAUGCUUAAUACCUUUAUUUUGUUCCACCAUUGCAACCUUAAUAGUUAAUCUUGUCAUUGUUCAUCUAAGAACAUUCAAUAUAUGUUUUAGUGGUUUCCCCAUUUUUUAUAAGUACAGUUGCUAAAUUAUUCAUUGCACAUAUGUCAAAUCAGUAUUUCUUUAAUAUAACAUUGUAUUUCUAAGAAAACCAUAAUUUUCUUAGUGUAAUGUCCUGAGCACUGAUGCUAGAAAAUAUAUACAUGUUAAAAGUUA